UGUUCUUGAACCAUUAUUCCCUUGAGCUAAGUAGUUUUAUUAUGACCACUUCACAAGUGAGAAACUGAGGCCCCACGGAGUGAUUUCUGGCGCGGGGUCCCUCAGCUACAGCUCUAAGUCAGGGCCAGAUCCCAGCCGACUUCAAAAUGCGGCGUAGUCACCCCCGUUUUUCCAAAACACGGGGUCCUGAGUCUGGGACAGUCGCUUCACCACCUGGUCUCGGUUUCCCACUGGCGAAGUGGAGACUUUUUCCGGCCGCGUUUCGAGUCCAACGGCUUUGUCUGAGCUCCCUGGGGGCUCCUUGCUGAGAGUUGGUUUCUGCCCGCGGAAUAGAGCGCCGCCUUCCAAGAAGCUGAUUCCUCUCUCAGGUGUUUAGUGAAGAUUCUGAAAGGGUGGGGGGAGGCUGAGCCCAGAGGAGGUAGAUGGGUGGAGACAAGCACAGCAGAUGGCAGGGAGAGGCAGGCCGAAUCAGGUGGACAACCUCGGCCAUCCCCUUCCUUCCAGGCCUCCUCCUCGUGGCCACCCUGGUCCUCCUACACCACCUCGGUUUGGCCAGGAACCUCCCCACCGCCCGGGCAGGCCCAGAACCGUCCCAGUGCCUCAGCCACGCCCAGAACCUGCUGAGGGCCGUCAGCAACACUCUUCACAAGGCCAUACAAACUCUAGAAGUUUACUCCUGCACUUCUGAAGAGAUCGAUCAUGAAGAUAUCACGAAAGACAAAACGAGCACAGUGGAGGCCUGCUUACCCCAAGAACUAACCACGGAUGAAAGUUGCCUGGUCUCCAGAGAGAUCUCUUUCACAACUAAUGGGACCUGCCUGGCCUCCAGAAAGGCCUCUUUUAUGAUGACCCUGUGCCUCAGUAGUAUCUAUGAGGACUUGAAGAUGUACCAGGUGGAGUUCAAGGCCAUCAGUGCAAAACUUUUGAUGGAUCCGCAGAGGCAGAUCACUCUGGAUCAAAACAUGCUGGCAGCUAUUGAUGAGCUGAUGCAGGCCCUGAAUUCCAGCAGUGAGGCCGUGCCACUCAAGCCCUCCCUUGAAGAACCGGAUCUUUACAAGACGAAAAUCAAGCUCUGCAUCCUCCUUCACGCUUUCAGAAUCCGGGCAGUGACUAUCGAGAGGGUGAUAAGUUACCUGAACUCUUCCUAAAAAGCUCAGGUCACUCCCAGCCUUGAAGUCAUUUCCAUAAAAAUUUGAACCAAAAAAAUAUUUACAGUAUGUGGGGGAGGCAGCACCUUGACCUGGUCCUAUUUAAGCUGGUUUUUUUCAUAUUGUUUACAUUCCUCACCAGCCAAAAGUCCAACAUGAGACUACUAUAUUUAAAUGAUUCAUUUUAUCGUGUGUAUUCACAUCUAUGGAUAAGUUAUUUCAAAGUUUUCAUGAGCAAAUUGCUAAGGAGGGAAAUUUUCUACACUGAAUGUGUUUUUGUCAAUAGAAGAGCAAGAAUUUAUAAGCUAUUUCCAUAUCAAAGUGUUUGUUGAAACACUCAAGCAUAAUUUAUUUUAAAAUAUUUAUUUAUAUAAUUUUGUGUUCAU